AUGCCCACUGGUCAAACAUCAAUAACAGUUACUAUUGUAGCACAUAAUGAUCUAAUUUAUGCAGUACAACCUAGUGAUCGUAGUAUAUUUCGAACAGUAUCACUUCGAGUUAAUCCUAAAACAAGAAAUGUUCGAUCUGUAUAUCAUACAUUUAUUGAUGUUAUUCAUUUUUGUCGUCAAAAAACAUUUAUAACUGAAGGUGAAAUUGUAGGACAAGCAACAAGUCAUGAUAAAGAAUCAACGUAA